AUGUCUUCCUUCGAGCCAGUUGUCGUCGUCGAUGGCAAGGGCCACCUCCUUGGUCGUCUCGCCUCCAUUGUUGCUAAGCAGCUCCUCAACGGCCAGAAGGUUGUCGUUGUCCGCUGCGAGGCCCUCAACAUCUCUGGCGAGUUCUUCCGCUCAAAGCUCAAGUACCACGCCUACCUCCGCAAGAUGACCCGUUUCAACCCUACCCGCGGUGGUCCUUUCCACUUCCGCGCUCCCUCCCGCAUCUUCUACAAGGCCGUCCGUGGCAUGAUCCCUCACAAGACUGCCCGCGGUGCCGCCGCCCUGGAGCGCCUCAAGGUCUUUGAGGGUGUCCCCCCCCCCUACGACAAGAAGAAGAAGAUGGUCGUUCCCCAGGCCCUCCGCGUUCUCCGUCUGCAGCCCGGCCGCAAGUACUGCACCGUCGGCCGUCUCAGCCACGAGGUUGGCUGGAAGUACCAGGACGUCGUCGCCCGCCUGGAGGAGAGAAGAAAGGCCAAGGGCGCCGCUUACUACGAGCGCAAGCGUGUUGCCGCCCGCCAAAUCGCCGACGCCAAGAAGACCGCCGCCGGCAAGAGCCAGGCUACCAAGAAGCUUGCUGCUCUCGGCUACUAA